GCGGUGAGUGUGUUCUGAUGUUUAUGUGGUGUUUAUUGUAUAAACUGACACAAGAACCCAGAUUAAGGUCUGACAGAUGCAAAAUAACUUUCUUAACUUUAGUUUAUGCUAGCUGAACAGUGUUAAGAGGGCAGAUGCAGGACCGUUAUUGAACUGGAGCUGCGCUUUUGACAGUCGUUGAAUGGAGAGUCUUUUUUCCUGACCGUUUGCAGUGACCUGCUUAAAUAAUGCUGCCGCGCAAAAGCAUAAUUCCCGAAGAGUUCGCGUUCUCCCCGGCGCUCGUGUCGCCGAUUCCCCGCAAGCCCGUGUUCAGGGACCGCGUGAACAAAGCGCGCUUCAUCGCCAAGAGCGGCGCAUGCAACUUGUCGCACAAGAACAUCCGCGAGCAGGGCAGAUUCCUGCAGGACGUGGUCACUACUUUGGUGGAUCUCAAAUGGCGUUUCACCCUGGUGAUUUUCUCCAUGACGUUCCUGUGCAGCUGGCUGCUGUUCGCUAUGUUCUGGUGGCUGGUGGCCUUUGCGCACGGAGAUCUGGACACUAACCGUAAACCUGGCGUAGAGCAGUGUUUCACUAAUGUCAACUCUUUUACAUCUGCCUUCCUCUUCUCCAUCGAGGUGCAGGUGACAAUAGGAUUCGGAGGCCGUAUGAUAACAGAGCAGUGUCCCACAGCCAUCACGGUGCUCAUAUUACAGAACAUCAUCGGCCUAAUAAUUAACGCUGUCAUGCUGGGCUGCAUCUUCAUGAAGACCGCCCAAUCCCACCGGCGCGCCGAGACCCUCAUCUUCAGCCGCAACGCCGUCAUCGCCGUGCGCAACAACCGCCUGUGCUUCAUGAUCCGGGUGGGUGAUCUGCGCAAAAGCAUGAUCAUCAAUGCGGUCGUGCGGCUCCAAGUGGUCCGGAAGACCACUACGCCAGAGGGCGAAGUCAUACCCAUCCACCAGAUCGACGUCCAGACAGAAAGCGCAGUUGCCGGCAACAGCAUCUUCCUGUUGGCUCCCCUGAUCAUAUGUCACGUCAUCGAUAAGGAUAGUCCUCUGUACGAUCUCUCGGCGAUGGAGCUGCAGUGUAGCGAUCUGGAGGUCAUCGUGAUCCUGGAAGGUGUGGUGGAGACCACAGGCAUCUCCACUCAGGCUCGCACCUCGUACGUGAACGAGGAGAUCCAGUGGGGCCACCGAUUCGUGCCUAUAGUGACCGAAGAAGAGGGUGUGUACUCGGUGGACUACUCAAAGUUCGGGAACACAGUCAAGGUGGCCACCCCGCGCUGCAGCGCUCGUGAGCUGGAUGAGAAGCCCUCCAUCCUCAUCCAGACGCUCCAGAAGAGUGAGUUGUCGCACCAGAACUCUUUGCGCAAGAGGAACUCCAUGCGCCGGAACAACUCUAUGCGCAAGAGCAACUCCAUGCGGCGCAACAAUUCCGCCCUCGCCGUGCCCAAAGUGCAGUUCCUCACCCCUGAGGGUGGACCAAAUCUAGCAGUCACAUGACAAAUGGCCUGGUUAGCGAUUUUCACCUGUCUUUCUUUAAGUCCUUGUCUUUCUCUUGAUCCUUGUCAUGCUCUUUUCUAUGGUUUCCUCUAUUUUUUGAUUAUUCCCAUCCUGGGCAACUCUGGCCCUCCAGAUCCAUUUUUCUGCAGAGUUUAGCUCCAACCUUAAUAAAUACACCAGAACAAGCUACUUGGUGGAAUACUCAAAUUUUGGGAACACGGUCAAGGUGGCCACCUCGCGCCGCAGCGCCAGUGAGCUGGACGAGAAGCCCUCCAUCCUGAUCCAGAUGCUCCAGAAGAACAAGUUGUUGCUCCAGAACUCUUUGCACAUGAGGACCUCCAUGUGCCAGAAAAACUCUGUGUGCAAGGACAGCUCUAUGCACCUCAACAAUUCCACUCUUGCUAUGCCCAAAGUGCAGUUCCUCACCCCUGAGGGUGGACCAAAUCAAGAAGUUACAUCACAUGACAAAAUGCCUGGUUUACGAUUUUCACCGGUCUUUCUCAGUGUUGGGGAGUAGCUAGCUACAAGUA